UGGUGCAUAAAUGCCUACGUAAAUCUGAAAUGKUAUGGCUUUCGUGAACAACUUGAUAUUGUCGAYCAGAGRUCUUGUUCAUAGCUUCUCAUUUWACUAAAAGGACUUGGAAAUCAUCAGUUAAUCURGUACUUKCUGGACGAGUUGUUUAUCAACAAGGAUCGACCGUAUUUUCUGGUGUUUGAGGACAAAUUGGYGGGAUAGUCUCUUGUUGAUUGUCAGACCAUGAAACAUACAAACUUUGAUUAUUCUCAGAAAACUUAAUGACAAUUUCACCGCUAGKUAUCAAGAACCUAUCGCUAUAUUACAUCAGAAAGAUAUUUGAAGAAAGAUACAAAAAUGUGUGACCGUGCAUGUGAGUUGAUGAUUGCAUGUUGUGGAACGACGUGUCGAAUGUGCUGCAAGUACAUUUCAUCCAAGACAGCCUUCCUUGUACAAUURCUUAUAUAUGGUAUUCUGCAAGGCUUUAACGUUGCUACCGAUAUAGCGUUAUUCGUAGAGCUCUUCAAUACUCACCAAUCAUGCACCUCACUAAACAMAAGUUUGSCAAUUCAAUGYGCAUCGCUGCCACCAGCCAACAUAUCGAUGACAGCACUCCAAAACAACAUUAAAUACAUUGAGAUACUUCAGUAUUCAUUGCUAAUAGUCACGGGUUUAGGAGCAGUUGUGUACAUCGUUCAUAUCGCUAUUCUUAUACCAAACCUUUGCAAGCAUUUUCAUGAUCCUGAAAUAGCAGCUGAAGUUGAAGCCAAGCAGGCUCCAAGAUACUACACAAACAUUAUACUAACGCAUUGUAUCUUCAUGUGCCUGGAGACGUUUAUUCAUGAUAUACCAGCGACGUGUCUUGUGAUGGAGAUAGCUGUCCAUUUCUGGGGAGUGAAUUGUUGGGAGUGUAACACUAUUAAUAUGCCUUUACCUGUAGAGCAGUCAGUCAGUAAUUCUACUAUGUGGAUUGCAUUGAUGGUUACGUGUGUGGGACUUCUUGCCAUCUAUAAAGGUUUAAUACCAUUGUAUUUCUGGGUCGGUAAUCCAUUCUGUUGGAGCUGYUAUCUUCUGCGAUUCUUGAUCGCUAUGCCUCUUGGGUUACUAUAUAUGGUGAUGACCCUUACUCCAUGUAUGGGAGUAGCAUCAUUAAGGUUGAUACCAAAGAUUCCUCGUCUAAAGGAAGAAAUGGGAGGMACCGCUGACACCUUCUGGUCCAUUGGGCUCGUCUUUUGGGUCCUUGCUAUAGUGGGGGUUCUUACSUAUUACUGCUGUAAAAAUACUAUCACGGACCUUUGYCCGUGUUUAAGCUGGUGCGAGGAACCGAAGACACGUGGAAAGGAAGAGAAAGAACCCGGAUGUAUUUGCUUYUAGACCAARUGYYAUCUAAUACCAUAAUMCCUUGCGAMCUGCGWCCAUARYGCUUUGCGACUUGCAAAUAAAUAACCGUCAUGCUUUGUAAGAUGUUAACCAUCAUGCCUUGCAAUAUGAAAAGACCACAAUGCAAUGCGAUUCAAUACCAUCAUGCAUUGUAACURUUUAUCGUACAUUGUAAUAAGGUUUUACUAAAGUUAAAAUGCUGUCACAAUUUUUGUAUGUUUAUAAAGCUGCUCUUAUUUUAUUUUUUUGUGAAAGUGUAAAGUUACUUUAAUACUAUAUACUAUAAAAUAUAUAUUUGCCUA